GCGAAGACAUCACCAAGCUCCGGGCAUGCCGACCAAAUUGUUCUGUCAAACUCAAAGAACGUUUCUAUUAGGAAGGAUAUAGCUGUCAGUACAUUAUUAGUAUCGCAGACCUCUUGCUGAACAGAGGGAUACCAAUAAUAUCACUAGACUAAUUUGGAUACUCCAUCUCCAAGCCGCACUAAAGGAGGGGAUACCCUUGAAGCUAUUGUUUGUGGAUUCUAUUCCAACGGUACCUUCUAUGCCUCUGUGACAACCCAUUGUGUCUUUCUACUACUUGAACAGUAAACAGUGUACCGGUAGUGAAUGUCAAAGAUACGACGGAUCUUUGUGACUGACUGCUAGCUAGAGCUUUGUACAAACAGUCAUCAAGUCGGAGUAUUAACCCUCGUCUUCCUGUAUAACUGCUGCCAAUACCUCUUCAUCAUUCAUAUUUCUAACAUCUCAGCGAAAGAAGAACGGACUUGAAUAUUUGACAUGGACAAUCUGUUUCCAAGAUCGGCUCCUUUUGGAGGUUGGCCGUCGAAUGCUCGUCAUAUCUCGGGAAUGAUGGGUAGCACCAACGCCCCCAAUCAUCACCCACUCUUGUUCCAACACCAUAACAAUUCCAAUUACUUUUGUUCCAAUGGAUUGACUCCCACCAAAAUACUCAAUGAAAAAAUACGAGCACGAGAUUGGGAUGCUGCUCGAGUCCGUGUCUUGUCCCAUCCGUGGGAUGCCUUUUAUCGAGCCAAACCCAACCAGAGGAAUCACAACAACAAUACAAGCAACAAUAAUAAUGCCACUCCACUCCACUUGGCAUGCCUCUAUCGAGCACCCUUGGAUGUCGUGCAACUACUAUUGGAUGCCAAUCCCCAAGCCUUGCUCUGUCAAGAUUCCGAAGGAUGGACACCCCUGCAUGUCAUUCUCUUGUAUGGAGACUCCGAAGAAGUGGCACUAAUGCUGAUUCGACGAGGUGGAGCGCAAGCCGCAGCGGUCCAGAGUCGAAUUGUCGGGGCUCCCUUGCAUUUGGCAUUCCGACAUGGAUGUUCCACCACCAUUAUCAAGGAACUACUACGCGUCAAUCCCAAAAUGGCCACCACAGCCAACGAAUACGCUACCAAACCGGCCAGAAUCCUGUGGUAUCAGUUUUCCAGGAAUCCGGAAAAUGAACAAUUGUUGCAAGAAUUGGCAGCACAACAGCAACGAGACAUGUCCACAGUUAUGACCACUCGUCAAGAAGAAAGUCUCCGUGAAUUGGUGGAACGGUUGACCUUGCUGGUCCUUGCCGCCAAGGGGAAACAUCAUCAUUAUAAUCCACGUUCGCACAGUAAAAGUGCUACCACUAUUCUGCAUGACGUUGUCAUGGCCACGGAAGAAACAUUGGGAGACUUGAGUCCCUUUUUGCCUCUCAUUGUCCUGUUGCAUCCCGAGUUGGUCCGAACUACCGACGACAGUGGAGACUUGCCGCUCCACAAGGCUGCUUCGUACCGACCAGCCAGCUGCAAUGGCAGUGGCCUACGAAGGACUGCCUCUAUGCCUUCUCUCGCGGCACGAUACAACCAACAUGGUGCUACCAAGGAUCCAGUGGAUGUACUCAUCCAGAGUUAUCCACUUGCGGCCAGUAUCCCCAACCGGUUGGGUCAUUUGCCACUGCACAUUGCUCUUUCCAGAGGACAACGUACGUGGAGGACAGGAGUUUCCUCCAUUCUGUUGGCAGCGCCGCAGGUGAUCUUGACUUUGGACUCUGAAACUCAGCUAUUUCCGUUCCAGUUGGCAGCGGCAGCCAUGGCGUCUUCCAGUAUGGAAGAAGCCAACGAGGAUGAGGAUACAAGAGAUGACACGGAACAGGCAUUGGAAACCAUAUUGGAACUCUUGUUGGCAUGCCCUCAUGCCAUGCCAGCACCUUCCAGUCAGUAGCCAACUGUAUCAUGCUUGGAGUUUGGCUCUUUUAUGACUGAUGCGACAACAUUACAAGAGGAGGAGGUUGACGUGCUUUUGCUUUGGAUGUUCUGUUUGUUGUUAGUGUUUGGUUGACUUGACUGUUUGGUUGGUCCUUCGAGUAGUUCAGUUUUAGUGCAGUGUGAAAAUGCGGUAAUUUAGUAGUGGGGGAGAGUCUAACGGCAGUUGCAAAUGUCGAGAGGGUGUCAUGCUACCAUAAUCUUCAGUCGUUUAGCCACUCCUGAAAGCAGCUGGGAGCAGUAGCAGUAGACAAUGUCUCACCCUAGGAUUGACAUCACUAGCGCUGACAACCACAUGAGAACCACCAUACUCAUGUACAUCCAAACGAAGUAGACAAGGACAAAAAGGACGAUGGUAGUGGUGCCCGUGGUACUGCUUUUGCUGGAAGCCGUUUUCGAGGUGAGGAUACAAUAAGUUGACCCUUCUCAGUUGCGUUGUUUUGCAAA